CCCAGCAAGCAUCGCGCCGAGACGGGCUGAUGAAUGCCAAGGCUGUCAGGGAAACCGAACUAAGAAGUGAAAGUAAAGCUGCAUCGGGCUGUUGCACGGUCGGGGCCAGGCGGCCAGCGGUGCAGUCAUGGCAAGCGGCUCGCACUGGGCCCCAGGACGAGCUGCCAACUCUAGGAAAACAGUUGUGGUCUCUGGUAUUCCAGAUGGCAUUGUGAAAGAUGAUGUCAUGGCUGACAUAUUGAUGAUUCAUUUCCAAAAGACAAAGAAUAGAGGUGGAGACGUGAAGGAUGUAGUUUAUCCAACAACAAUAAAAGGAGUUGCAUACAUAAUCUUUGAAGAUCAAGAAGUUACAGAGAAUGUUCUCCAGAAAGAUGAACACAGACUAGAGGACAAGAGGUUGGGCAGGUAUUAUCCUCUGAAAAUAUCUCUCUAUAGUGAACACGUCUUCACCUGUGUCUCAUCUGUUCUCGAUUUGUCCAUUUUUGGAGAUAAAUACAUUUUGGAAGAUCUGGUGCAGGAGCUUAAGAAGACUAUCCCAGCCUUGAGCUUCAGUCCUUUGCAAUCCAAUGGACAAAUUUCUGUUCAAGGGUCAUUCCCAGCAAUCAAGACACUAAAAGACAAUUUGUUAUUAAAAGCAAAUUCCCUUUCAGGGAAGGGCAAGAGGGGAGAGAGAAAGCCAGAUCAGAGACCUAACAUCAGGAUCCAGAAGUGUGGACUAUUUGUAGAGCCAAAUAAUACUUUUGUCCAUAAUGUAAACAGGAAAGAACAAGUGGUUGUCCUUGACACAGAUAUAUACUACUACAUGAAACAUUUUUUAUACAAGGAAAGUCUGGCAAAAUACAAUGUUGUAAGUCAUGGAGUCACAGAUGGUGAGAUCACCACAGUAUAUCUAGAAAAUGCCAGAGCAAGUUCUGAUUCUAGAGAAUUAGAAAGGGCCAAAGAGGGAAUUGAAGAUUUGUCUGCAAAACUUCACUGCAGAUUACGUAAAGAAAGAUUCUCUCUUGAUGGCAACACCAGACCUGAAAGGCAGAAAUAUAAACAGGCAUGUGAAAGCAUAAAAUCCCGAUUCCCCAAAGUUCUGGUUAUUCCUUAUGAUACUCACAUUGAUGUGAUAGGAAGUUCCUCUGAGACAUAUGAAUUUACCCAAGAAGUGAAUAGAACAGUAAAAAGCCACUUCCAAAAGAGAUUCAGGAGGUAGAAGUCAUUUAGGUGCUGUAGGUGAUGCCUGCGAGCUAGGAGUUCGUGAGAAUGACAUCUCUUACACCAAAGUACAGUCUCCCAAGGGCGUUGAUAGAAGCCCUAUUACUGGGGACCUUUUAUAAAGGAUGUUUUGCACUUCUGUAAUUUCCAGCUGAGGAUUUCAAAGCACUUUGCAAACUUCAAUUAAUUAGGGCCCAAUCCUGCUCCCAUUAGAGUUUUGCCAUUGACUCCACACAGCACCCUAAUAGUAUUAGGAGCCUCAUUUCACACACUGUGGCUCCUCUAUCACUAAAAGAAAAUGCAGGCCCUUCUAUAUCACAGGUGAUACAGUCCUACAGUAUGUGCACAGGCACUUCUCAAAGCACAGGAAUCAUGGACACCAAGACAAAAGUCCCAAAUACUAACUUAAAUUUCAAACAAGUAGCAAAUGUCCUCUUCAUGCAUCUGGUGAAAUUAAAGUGCGUAGAAGUUAGUUUUCGUAGUGAAUGGACCAUCCCUGUUUUAUGGUCUCUAUGCAUCACAAACGAGUGCCUCUUGUGGCUGUAUUAACAUACACUCUUUUUAUGCAAGUUUUUGUUUAAUAAAUCACUUAGUUUUACAUGUAAAACAUGUUUUGAUAAACUUUUUUCUUUCUAUAUGCAGCAAAUUUAAAGUAGUUUUAUUUAACCAAUGAAAAAAGUAAAUGCUGUUUUUGUGCAUAAAUUGAAUUCUAAUUUCCAUCCACAUAUAUCUUGACAGAAAUUAUAAGUAAAAAAUUAAUCAUAAUCUAGUAAAUAAAAAACAUGCACCAAUCACUAUUUUGUAACCAAAAAAUGGUGCAAAUUAGGAAUCUGAAUAAAUUUAUGUUAAGCUACAUAGGCUCAUUGACUCAUAGACUUUAAGGCCAGAAAGUACUACCAUGAUCAUCUAGUCUGACCUCUUGCACAUUGCAGGCCACAGGACCUCACCUACCCACUCCUGUAAUAGACCCAUAACCUCUGGCUGAGUUACUGAAGUCCUCAAAUCAUGAUUUAAAGCCUUCAAGUUACAGAGAAUCCACCAUUUACAGUAGUUUAAACCUGUAAGGGACCUGUGCCUCAUGCUGCAGAGGAAGAUGAAAAAUCCACACAAUUCCUUAAAUAACUGUGUAAAGAUACAGUGUAUCCUCCUGGUUAGCAGAAAGAAGUAGCAAAUUUAAUGUAAAGGCUCUAAUUGCAAGUUGCAAGUAAACAUAUUUUAAUGGUUUCCAACCAACAAGAAUUAAUCUUUCUUUAGGAAAAUAACUAAGGUACAAAUGCAAAAAAAAAAAAAAAAGAUUAAAAUCACUUAUUUAAAUCAAGGUUUCCUUCUUGGUGGUUUAAAUUGCUUUGCUUUAAAUCAAUCCACCUUACCUGAGGCAGAGAGUAUAUUGAGGGCGGGGAAGAAGGGAUUUUUAAGUGUUUAAGGAAUAAAUAAGAGGCCAUUCAGAUACUAUAAGGGAUAAACCAAGUAGGUAUUGAUUAUCAGAGAGGAACCUGGGGAUACUGUAUAUUUGUUUGUGUUAGCAGGUAGCUACAGAGAACGGGAACAUUGUUACCUGCCUUUGGUGUUCUCCUUGCAGGAGAAGCUCCUUGUGAUAGAGACACACCCAGAAGGUGGAGCUUUUAUACCUGGGAAGGGUGCAUGAGCUCUGACCCCAGAAAUGUAGUUUAGUGAUUGGUAGUCAUUUUGUAGAAACGUUUCCUGUUUUUUCAGUCAGCUAACCCAGCCUCCCACAUUCAAAAUGCAUAUUAGGCACAGAUAAGUGAUAAUUGGCCUUAUUUUCACAGGACUAUUGAACUCUCACUGACAGGCAGCUGCAGCUGCUCAGCAUCUCUUACAAUCAGACCAGUUAUUUGAAUAUCUCUAAGUUUUGGAAUGAAAGUGUUGGUCACUGCAUUUAGACUCCUGGCUUUGCUUCUGCUUACGCAGUUAUUGACAAUGCAGUGAAAUGGACACUGCACUGGGCAGCACAGCAUGGGGAAGAGGUGACCAGCCCUCUGUGGAGAAAGAAGUGGUUCGGGACUAUUUAGAAAAGCUGGACGAGCACAAGUCCAUGGGGCCAGAUGCGCUGCAACGGAGAGUGCUAAAGGAGUUGUGGAGGUGAUUGCAGAGCCAUUGGCCAUUAUCUUUGAAAACUCAUGGCGAUCGGGGGAAGUCCCGGACGACUGGAAAAAGGCUAAUGUAGUGCUCAUCUUUAAAAAAGGGAAGGAGGAGGAUCCUGGGAACUACAGGCCAGUCAGCCUCACCUCAGUCCCUGGAAAAAUCAUGGAGCAGGUCCUCAAGGAAUCAAUUCUGAAGCACUUAAAGGAGAGGAAAAUGAUCAGGAACAGUCAGCAUGGAUCCACCAAUGGCAAGUCAUGCCUGACUAAUCUAAUUGCCUUCUGUGACAAGAUAACUGGCUCUGUGGAUGAGGGAGAAGCAGUGGAUGUGUUGUUCCUUGACUUUAGCAAAGCUUUUGACACUGUCUCCCACAGUAUUCUUGCGAGCAAGUUAAAGAAGUAUGGGCUGGAUGAAUGGACUAUAAGGUGGAUAGAAAGUUGGCUAGAUUGUCGGGCUCAACGGGUAUUGAUCAAUGGCUCCAUGUCUAGUUGGCAACCGGUAUCAAGUGGAGUGCCCCAAGGGUCGCAGAUAACACUAAACUGGGAGGAGAGGUAGAUAAGCUGGAGGAUAGGGAUAGGAUACAGAGGGACCUAGACAAAUUAGAGGAUUGGGCCAAAAGAAAUCUGAUGAGGUUCAACAAGGACAAGUGCAGAGUCCUGCACUUAGGACUGAAGAAUUCCAUGCACUGCUACAGACUAGGGACCGAAUGGCUAGGCAGCAGUUCUGCGGAAAAGGACCUAGGGGUUACAGUGGACGAGAAGCUGGAUAUGAGUCAACAGUGUGCCCUUGUUUCCAAGAAGGCCAAUGUCAUUUUGGGAUGUAUAAGUAGGGGCAUUGCCAGCAGAUCAAGGGACAUGAUCGUUCCCCUCUAUUCGACAUUGGUGAGGCCUCAUCUGGAGUACUGUGUCCAGUUUUGGGCUCCACACUACAAGAAGGAUGUGGAAAAAUUGGAAAGAGUCCAGCAGAGGGCAACAAAAAUGAUUAGGGGACUGGAACACAUGACUUAUGAGGAGAGGCUGAGGGAACUGGGAUUGUUUAGUCUGCAGAAGAGAAGGAUGAGGGGGGAUUUGAUAGCUGCUUUCAACUACCUGAUAAGGGGUUCCAAAGAGAUUGGAAGAGAUCUAGACUGUUCUCAGUCGUAGCAGAUGACAGAACAAGGAGUAAUGGUCUCAAGUUGCAGUGGGGGAGGUUUAGGUUGGAUAUUAGGAAAAACUUUUUCACUAGGAGAGUGGUGAAACACUGGAAUGCGUUACCUAGGGAGGUGGAGGAAUCUCCUUCCUUAGAAGUUUUUAAGGUCAGGCUUGACAAAGCCCUGGCUGGGAUGAUUUAGUUGGGGACUGGUCCUGCUUUGAGCAGGGGGUUGGACUGACCUCCUGAGGUCCCUUCCAACCCUGAUAGUCUAUGAUUCUAUGACACAUAUUUCCACAGCAAGUCAUCACAUUCAGCAGUGAAUCCUGUGAACAAGAGAGGAGUAAUAAUUUCCUGUACAGAUGUAAGCAACCUCAAAAUUGUACUGAAAAGUAACCAAUCACUCUAAUAAUUAAUUACAGAAACUAGGGAUGGAAAAGACCUUCAUGUCAUAUUGUCCGUUAUCCCCCAUGCCAGUGCCUGAUUGUUUCUGGCUGUGUUUUACAGUUCAGUUUUAAAUGUUUCAAAUAGUGGUGUUUCUACCACAUUGCCAAGGAAAUAACUCCACGAUCUAAUAGAAAAUUAGUUAAUAUUUUAACGUUUAGUUAAAUAUUUUCUGGGUCAGAGAUCCUAGGAGCAGUAACUGCCUCUCUCUGUGCAUUUGUACUUUCCUAGCAAAAGGGGAUCUCAUUCUGAUAGUUGUCAAUGCAUAUAAUUAACAAUAAUCAUAAUAUUUGUAUAUGCUUGGAAUGUAAAAAAACUGUACAAGUGCUUACAUUGUUCUACGAUGCCUGUCACCUUGGUAUCUGAGGCUAAGUAUAAGUCUUAGUUAAAACUGUGUCAGAGCCAUUACUAAACCCAUCUUUUAGGGCUUCAUCAUAAAAAUUAAUGGACUUUGUCACUUAAUGUGGUGUAAUGAUCUUUUGCAAAUUUGGCUCUCUCAGUAUCCACUGUAGUGGAGAAGCAGGGGAGAGUGAGUUAGGUUUUUAAAUAGUUUUAUACUAUGUAAUAUAGGAAUGUACAUAAUGGUUUGUCACAACAAGACAAAACUACCCAGUGUGUUAUAUUUUAUAUCUCUUUUAUAUUAUUUUGAGGGUGCAUCUAUCGGUAGAUACUCAAAUUAUUAAAGACAGUAACUGUGCACUUUUAAUGGAAAAUAAAAUUAUUUAAAAUCCUGUGGGCAUUUCCCUUUAAAAGAAACAAAUAAACAAACAAAACCCCCCUAACUUUGUGCUUUUGGUAUUUUCUUGCCAUGACAAACUAUCAGCCUUACUUAUCAUGAAAAUGGAAGGUCCAGUUAUUAUGUUUUACCAAACCAAUGCCAUUGUGGUGCAUGACAAUUUACAGUCAAGGAAGAAGACAAGGAUAAGAAUGAGCUUAAGUACUUUGCUGUAUCACAGUCUCAGCAGGGAUGGAAAUUAUAGAAUGUUUUGAAAAGAUAAAUUCCGUUCAUAUUUGUGCUCAUUUCCACUACUCAGACUGUAGUUGUUUUUCUCUUUUUACAUAAUUUUUAAUAUAUUCAUUUUUUCUCUACCGUAAUUUAUAUAGAAAACCUAUCUUAAAAUUUCACGUUUUUGUCUUUAUGGCAUUCCUGUUUCUUAUUUCAGUUCAUUGUUUGUGUAGAGGUGUUUUCAUUGUAUUUAACUUACAUUAUAAAAAUAAUUUAAAUUCCUUGAAAAGAAUAAAGAAUUUAAUAAAAAUUGCUACUUCAAAUAACUGUGGGUCAAAUCCAAACAAUAUCAGUGAUUCUGUCUCCCUUACAAAUCAGAUGUCAUUUGAACUAUGAUUUAGAAACAGUUGCAUAGCCCAUCCUGCUGUCUUUAUGGUCUUUGUUACAUGGUAUAUAUUUAUUGCAAUUAUAUAUAAUAGGGUUUUCUUUUUCUCUCUGUACAUUUGAAAAUAGUAAUUGAAACUUUUGAACAGACAGCAAAAGGGAUGCAAUCAGCGGAGACAAAGGAACUAGAACACAAGGAAUGAAAUUCACCCAGGUAGUAAGGACCAGAGAAAGCCCUCCGUGAAGCUGAGAUGAGCGUGUGGGGGGGUUGAGGGAGGGAAGUUCCAUUGCACAGAGGGUGAAUGGCUGAGGAGUUGGUAUAAGAAUGGCCAGACUGGGUCAGACCAAUGGUCCAUCUAGCCCAGUAUGCUGUCUUCUG